AUGCUUCACCACCGGCUCUCGCUUCCCUCUGGUGAUGUGCUCAUCCACUGUGGCGACUUCAGCAACGAGGGAACCGAAGAGGAGUGUGCCGAUUUCUGUCGGUGGGCUUCGCAGCAGCCCUUCCGACACAAGCUCUUGGUUUGUGGGAAUCACGAUUUGACCUGCGAUGAAAGCUGGUACCAAGAGCACUGGCAGGCGUGGCACGAAAGCUUUCAGUCGCCAGAGAGGGUAGCAGCCAUGCUGGAAGAGGCAGGAAUCACGGUCCUGGCAGGAUCCGGGCGCGCCCUUCGAAUCGCCGGCGUCUGCUUCUAUGGCAGCCCCUGGCAGCCGCGACAGCCCAAGGUUCGGCGACCGAUGGCAUUUGGCUUGAGGCGCGGCGCUGAAUUGAAGGAGGAGUGGGCCAAAAUCCCGACUGGCAUUGACGUGCUCCUCACACACACCCCUCCCGCAAACAUUUUGGACAUCGCAGACCAUACUGGGCGACAAGGUCAGUCUAUCGGCUGUGAAGAGUUGGCCAAGGCAGUUAGCCAAAGGACAGAUGUGGCUGUGCACGUCUUUGGCCACGUGCAUGGCAGCUACGGCAUCCAUCGCUCAAAGAAGACAUUCUUCAUCAAUGCAGCCUCAGCUGCAACACGCCGCGGCGAGGGCGCCGGAGACUUGAGCUUUGGCCUGGCAAACAGCGAUGGUGAGAAUGGCACAAGACUGAUCGUCGCGAGCCACGAGACUGUAGAUGUCGACUCGGAGACUGUAUGUGAGCAUGGCCUACAAGGACAGGAGGCCGUGGCGCUAGUCAGGUCGGGAGUCGGUCUAGAGCUUGACAAGCUCACUGAGCGCAAAACCUCGCAGAAGCUCAGCUCAAGCUUAUUGCAGCUUUCUGCAUGCAGCUUCCUGUCGUUUAAGCACUCGCUUGCAGCCAUGCCAUCCAAUUUCCCGGAUGUCGUGGAUUUUGAUGACGAUGGUUGGGACCAACUGUCACACAUGUCUUUGCUUCCAUCAGCGAACUCGCUGAACACGGGCUUCAGUGGUGGAACUUCAGCCGUGCGCCUUCAAGGAAGGCUUCUCAGCUUCGAGAUAGACGAGUAUUUGAUCAGGCAAGCCGUGCACUUCGAGGCAGGUUUCGUCUCCAAGCAGGAGCAGGAUAGCGCCAAGAUAAAGUACGAGCAACUUCUGGAGCUCUUGGAGAAAGCCAUGGACGACAAUGACGUCAUCUGCGCAUUGGACGAGACCUUCAGACUUGAUCUGCUCAAUGUGGAGAGUUCCCUUGUACCGCUGUUGCUUCAGAAUCCAGCAGACUGCCCAUUGCUGCAGCACUGCGCGAAGCAAGGCUGGGCGUCAGCAGUGAAAUGGCUUGUUGAGCACGGCUUUCGUGAUGGGCUGGGCUACCGCUGCAAGCACCAAAUGUCUGUGCUUCAUCUGGUGGCAUGGGAGGGUCAAACCAACGUGCUAGCAGGGCUCGGCUGUGUCGAGCAGCUAUGUGACAUACCAAAUGCUUUCGGUGAGCUGCCCGAGCUCAGUGGCUUCAUUCGUUCACAGCAGCUGGCAUUGGAGACAGGCGGUGAUGUGACAGCAUUGCAGCAAGCCUGCUUGGAUGUGGCACUAGCUUGUCGACGGGUACGCACCAAAAUGCCAUGCUGCAGCUGCCGCGCCUUCGUUGAGGAGGCAAAUGCCCAGCUUCCCUCAGCCUCCUCGCUGUCAGAGGUUCUUCUACCGGUGGGCGUCGAAGCCCAGGCCAUCCAACGACACCUGCAGGGACCGCUACUGUGUUCGGACUUCGUCUCCAGGUACGUGGACCUACCAUCCGCACCUUUGCUGCCAUUGUGUCCUCGCUUUCAAGGUCAAUGCCCGCAUGAUUUGCAGCUCCAGGUCCUUCCUCGCGUCCUCGAAAUCUUGGUGACAAAUGUCAACCUGGAGCGUUUGGUGCUGGAGUACUGCUGCCUAGGAGCAGGGUCGGCGACACCUUUGAAGCACUUCUUUGACAGCUUGCCGCACAGGCGGGGCAUCGUGUUCAGUUUGUCCGGUGAUAGGGGGAACAUAUUGGAUUGUGAGCUUUUUCGAACGAGCAUGUUUGACCGACCGAUUUUGAUCCUGCUGUCGGCACAUGGUUCAUUGUGCUUCUCGAUCCUAAAUUGGAAGGGACCUUGUUCCUGUAACAUCCUGCAGCAAGUAUCAGCAGCAUUCAGCAGCUUUUACUCAUGGAUGUCUCGUCAUUGGCACUUGUAA